UACCGGCGCACUGGAUGUUGAUAAGCGACCUUGUGCGAACCGUGGUUUAUAAAACGAACCUAUUUAUUUUGAUAUUAUGGAGACAAUAAUUGUCUAAAUACCAAUUUUAAGCGUAGUUCAUUCACAACGCCAUUGUCCAAAUAUGCUUUCUCUAAUGAAAUCUGCUCUUAUUGGACUGACCAACACGGGUACUUCAACUGCCGUUGGUUUCCAAGGUCUUGUCCGAAACCGCUUGAAGAUCUUGUCUGCAGGGAUGAAUACAUAUGACGUUCCUCCAGAUUACAGCGAUGUGGUGCUACCUGAACGGCCCAAGCUGAAGUUCAUGAACAAGGUGCCGAACUUUAAGAAGGCAAAGAAGGAGAUGAAGAAGCUGAGAGACAUUCAGGGCCCAGCCCUUACAGCCAAUACUUUCACCAGAGGACAGUAUGGCAUUGUGGCGUUGGGUGGGGGUUAUCUCCACUUUGGACACAUGGAGAUGAUGCGACUGACCAUCAACAGAAAAAUGAAUCCACGUACCACCUUUGCCUGUUGGCGCAUCAAUGCCCCCUACAAGCCAGUCACCAGGAAGGGUCUGGGGCAGAGGAUGGGUGGAGGGAAAGGGGCCAUAGACCACUACGUCACGCCUGUGAAGUGCGGACGGAUAAUAGUGGAGGUGGGGGGUCGGCUGGAGUUGGCGGAGGUGGAACCUGUCCUGAAAGAGGUUGCCAAGAAACUGCCCUUCCCUGCCAAGGUGGUGAGCAGAGAGAGCCUGGCCACCAUGCAGCAGGAGCAGAAGGACAAGGAGCAGAACAACCAGAACCCUUGGACUUUCCAGAGGAUUGCCCGUGGCAACAUGCUGGGUAUUAGGAAGGUCCUCAGCCCAUUCGACCUCCACAACCAUGGGAAAUACACUGGCAAGUUCUACGACUCCAGAAGGGUGUGAGCCAGGAGCCCUCACCAAGGCUUAAUGGACCGGAUGGAUGCUCAGAUGAGAUUCCACAUAAAUGUAUCUGAAAACACAUCUGAGAGAAAUCCUUGAGCCUAGACACUGUCCUGUUUGGGUCCUCUAAUGCGUUAUACGGCUUUCUGUGGGAUUACUGCUCAUGGACAUUCACGGUUCAAGGAAAAUUGAUGGAAAGGCAGCAACAUGUUUUAUCCUACAUGGUAUAAAUGUGGGUCUCUUCUGUUGGAAUGUGUCGAGACACUUUGUCCCAGUUGGUGUUAAAUCAGCAAAAUAAAUAUGGCUGUUCUAAUCAA